AUGGCCAGUAAGGAGGGUUCCGCCGGACAGGCCUUUGGCCCUGUUCUGGCUGCCGUCGCUACGAUGCAAGGAAAUGUUUCACGAUCCGAAAAGACACAUGCUCACGAGUUCCUGGAGAAGUUCCAGAAAUCGAUAGAGGCAUGGACCAUUACGCACGAGCUUUUGCAGUCCCCUGAUGUUCCUGUCGAAGCCAAACUGUUCGCGGCGACUACGUUGAAAGGAAAGAUCAUGUUCGAUUUGGAUCAGUUACCCGCAGAAUCGGUAGUGGCAUUGCGAGACUCGGUAAUGAAUUUGCUCGUGGCUUUUGCGUCAGGUCCCCGCCCCAUACAAACGCAGCUCUGUGUAUGUUUGGCCAGCCUCGCCAUUCAGAUGCUUGAAUGGAAGGAUGUUCUUGCCUCGGUGGGCUCCGCACUGGGGAGCAGCGCCGGUGACUGCGUGUUAGAAUUUUUGAAAAUUCUCCCUGAAGAAGUGACGGAAGGUCGCAAGAUCAAUUUGAGUGAAGAGGAUCUCCUCACUCGGACCAAGGAGCUUUUGGAGGACAAUGCGGAGCAAGUGAUGCACCUAUUAAUACAGUACGCGCAGUCAUCUCCAACCGCAUCUACCAACCCGCGUCUUCUGGACUGCAUCACGUCUUGGAUGCGUGAAAUCCCCGCUGCAAAGAUUGUGGAGUCUCCCUUGUUGGACAUUGUUCUCAAGGGGCUAGACAAUGAUGUCUCUUUCGAAUCCGCCGUUGAUAGCAUGUGCACGCUGUACCGUGACACCCGCGAAGUUGAUGAAUCGCUGCCCAUUAUCCAGGCCCUGUACCCACGCCUUAUGACACUCCGCCCGAAGAUUGCCGAAUUCGCCGAAACCGAGGACACGGAUGCAUUUAGAGGGAUCACGAGACUGUUCGCUGAGGCUGGUGAAGCCUGGGUGGUAUUGGCCGCUCGCCUGCCGACCGAAUUUCGAGGCUUGGUGGAGGCGGUCCUGGAAUGCUGCGCUCGGGACUGGGAUCGUGACGCCGUUUCCCUUACCUUCGUUUUCUGGUACGAGUUGAAGCAGUACGUCACAUUGGAGCGAUACACGGAUGCACGGGUGUGCUUUAGCGACGUCUUCUCCCAAUUGGUGGAUAUCAUGGUGAAGCACCUGGAAUACCCUCGCCCAGACGACGGGGAAGUCGAUCUUUUCGGUGGCGACCGUGAGCAGGAAGAAAAAUUCCGCCAUUUCCGCCAUUCGAUGGGUGACGUGCUGAAGGACUGCUGCGCCGUCAUCGGGGUCAGCGAGUGUUUGACGAAGGCAUACCAGUUGAUCCAGCAGUGGGUUUCCAAAUAUGCUUCUCAGGCCAGCGACGACCACGUGCCCAACUGGCAGGAACUCGAAGCACCGCUAUUCAGCUUGCGCGCAAUGGGUCGCAUGGUCGAUCCGGAGGAGAACACCGUCCUGACUCAGGUCAUUCCCUUGAUCGUGCAGAUUCCCAACCAGGAGAAGGUUCGAUUCCAGGCUAUCAUGGCGCUUGCACGCUACACGGAAUGGACUGCGCAACACCCGGAAACGCUCGAGGCGCAGCUCAACUACGUUAUUUCCGGUUUCCAGCACAGCUCCUCUGAAGUCGUCCAGGCUUCGGCUUUAGCAUUCAAAUUCCUUGGAACCGAUUGCCAGAAGCUCUUGGGUGGCCACAUCGCACAACUCCAUUCAUUCUAUGAGUCGGUGCUCGAUAAACUGAAGCCGGCCAGCCAAGAGGAAGUGACCGAGGGUGUGGCCGCUGUCGUUGCCGUACAGCCCAUCGACAAGAUUUACGAAACCAUGAAGUUGUUCUGCGACCCCAUCAUGAACCGCAUCAUGGCCCUGGCCAACAAUGCCAAGGACGAGCAAGGCCAGCGUGCCGUGGCUGAUCACCUUCAGCUCAUAACGAUCUUUGUGUUGGUCGUCAACCCCUACGUUUCUCGAGGAGAGGAGAAUCCGGCCGUCAAAUACUGUGGCGAGAUCCUCCCAAUCAUGACAACUAUUGCCUUGAACUUUACCGAAUCAACCCCGAUCUUGGAACGUGUGUGCCGUUGCUGGAGAAAUAUGAUCAUCUCUUACCGAACUGCCAUGACUCCUCUUCUCCCUACGCUCGCCGAUAGUCUUGCCAAUGGAUUCCAGGCGUCGCGCGAAGGGUGCUUCUUGUGGGCCACCGAUGCCGUUGUCCGCGAGUUUUCGGAGGGAGCUGAGUUCGUUGAUCCCGCAACAAGCAACGCGGUCUUCCGAUUCUACGAACAGCAGGCCACUGCCUUCCUCCGCACUCUCAACGACCUUCCGCCGGAGAACCUUCCCGAUGUGAUCGAGGACUUCUACCGGCUCUCGUCGGAUGCCGUUCGCUACUACCCGAAGGAAUGUAUCUCGUCGCCUCUUUCUGUUCCGAUCUUUACCGCAGCUCUCAGCGGUCUUACCCUGCAGCAGGUGGAUCCGCUCAUGGCUAUCUUGCACUACUACCAUGAUCUCUUCAGCUUUGCGUUCGAGAGGCCCGCGAUAUCCGAGUUCACCAGUUCCAACGGCGAUCCUUACACGAAUCCCCCGGAGGUUCGCGAGGCAGUCAAGCAAUUGAUCGCGUCUCAGGGUCAGGCUCUGGCUGAGCGUAUCAUAACGGGAAUGAUGUUCUCUUUCCCAGGAGAUUGUUUCCCUGAUGCAUCUGGCGUGAUGAUGUCGCUGUUCGAAUUGAUGCCUCAGGAAGCUGGACUCUGGUUACAGUCGACCCUACAGAUGCUCCCGCCCGGCACAAUGAAGCCCAACGAGGCGGAGCGGUUGCUGAAGGGUAUAUCUGAUAAGGUGCAAUCGGGUGAACUUCGAAAGAUUCGCGUUCUGCUACAAGACUUCACCAAUUCGUACCGACGGAGGAAUGUGGCCCCCAGAGAGGGUUUGGGUCGCCUGGAGGCCACCCGAUUCCGGUUCAGCGGAUAA